UCAGGUCCAGCUGAUCUGAGUGAUAAUUAUUCCGAGUGGCGUCGACUUCCGAGUGUGCCGGCACAUGGUUGCUCAGCGUUGAAAAGUAAAACUUUGAUUUCAAAUCACAGCUUGAACCACUGGUUUCAUAAAGGACAUGACUGUAUGGAGGAGACUCUAAAUGAAUGUUAUGGCCACUGAGAGCAGUGUAUUGAAUACCUGCAACUACAACCACAGCGUCAUCUUCUUCUACGAGUCUGUGGGUAAGAAGAUCCGUGACGAAUGGACUCUGAGGGAUUAUUCGGUUAUCACACUGGGCUUGACAAUAUGUGUUAUUGUGGUCCUUGCCAACCUGAUGGUGAUGGGGGCCAUCUUCAAGAACCACCGUUUCCACUUCCCCAUCUACUAUCUCUUGGCCAACAUGGCUGCAGCAGACCUGUUUGCAGGUAUUGCUUACGCUAACCUGAUGUUAAACACAGGCCCCUGGACCAGAACACUUACUAAGGAGCAGUGGUACAUCCGUGGGGCUUUAAUUGACAUCAGCCUGACUGCCUCUGUAGCCAACCUCCUAGCUGUUGCCGUGGAGCGACACCAGACCAUCAUCACCAUGCAGCUGCACAGCAACAUGACAAAGCGGCGUGUGGUGUUGCUCAUAAUCUGCAUCUGGGCAGCAGCUAUCAUCAUGGGUCUGGUGCCAAACUUGUGGAACUGUGAAUGUGAUCUUAAAGAUUGCUCCACUGUCGCGCCACUCUACAGCCGCCGCUUCCUCAUUUUUUGGGCAGUUCUAAAUUUGCUCACUUUUUUCAUCAUGGUGGCCAUGUACAGCCACAUCUUUGUUUAUGUGAAAUGCCAGAGUCGGCACAUGGCUCAGCAUACAACAGAAAUGCAACACAACCAGACUGUGGUCAACCUGAUGAAAACUAUCUCCAUGGUUCUAGGUGCCUUUGUAAUCUGCUGGACACCUGGCCUCGUGAUUCUCUUAAUAGAUGGACUGUUGGGUGAAAAAAGCAAUGCCAUCCUCUACGAGAAGUACUGUUUGGUGAUUGCAGAGUGUAACUCUCUGGUUAAUCCAAUAAUUUAUUCUCUGCGGGACAAUGAGAUGCGGAGGACGUUCAAGUGGAUCCUUUGCUGUCUGGUUCGGAGAGGUCCUGAUCAGCAGACGUUGCAGUCACCUAUGGAGAUGGACUCUCCUCUGCCAGAGCACACUUUCCACAGCGUCCAGAUGUCAGAGGGCCAGGCCUUAUGGAAACCUGAGGACACCAACAGUAAAGACAAUGGAUGGACAGUGCCAGCGGUAUGACGGAAAAUCAUAAAUACUGGAAAGAAAAAAACCUUUAAACAGAUUAUCUUGUUAAAUUGAAGCUUAUCUUUGGACAACAGCUAAUGUCUACUAAGCUUUCUCUUUCAUGUCGCCUUUGUGGAACAGAAUUAAAAACAGACUUUCAGAUUUAUAUGAACGCUGGAGAAAACGUUUUCAUUUCCCAGUAUGGUGUCAUCCUGAGUGUCCAUGAAGCUAACAGAUUCACGGUAAUCAUCAGAUGGUGCAAUCUCUCCUUUUAUUACAUUUGACUAUCACAAGAGCAUUUGUGACAAAAUAGAAAAUGAAACACUCCUAAAAUUUGAAAUCAAAUACUGAAAAAAAAAAUCACACUAAAUCAAUUUUUAUUAUUUUUCUAAUAAGAACACUACAAUUUUUCAUAUUCUUCCUUUUUGUUUUACUCUUUCUAGAACAAUUCUAAAGUUGAGGUAUAAAAGGAGUUCAUACAGACUCACAAGUCUGAAAACAGUGGGGUUAUAUACAAGAGAAAUGGAAAGACAGAGGUAGAGAGAGGGGUAAAUACAAGGAAAAGAGGGGAGAUACAAAUAUACUAAUAAAAACAAAAAAAGGCUUAUGAAGACAUUUGGUGCUGUGAAAGUUUAGUCACUUGCAGAAUCUAAAUUUAAAAAAAGUUUAAAGUAUGCAUAUUAAAAUUAAAUAUUUUAGAAUUACAGCUCCGCUGCUAAACAAGGGGACACCAGGUGUACACAUGCAUUAUUAUGACAUGUGUAAUUUAGACAUGGAUGUUUUUGCGGUGUGGUUUAUACAU